AUGAACUUGAAAGCCUCUAAUAUGAGUACAGGAUUUUUGACUGCCACAGCGAGUGAAAUAUAUUCUGCUCCGCAGCUGGGAAAGGACAGCAAAGUCUUGUUUUUGGUGGUGCAAGUAACUGGCUUUCGAUUAUGGAGCAGCUUAGAUCCAACAACUAAAUUGUGACGCCAAUGACUCUAGCCCAAUCAUUGUGAAAGGUUCUAAGCAGCUAAUAUGAUGACGGAUAUUGUAGUGACUUGCAAUGGGUUUGAGAUUAAAUAUUUAGUCACUAU